AUGAAAUCAUUUAUAUUCUUUGCUUUACUUCAUUUAGCUUUUGGAGCUAUUUUUAAGCAUGGACUCGUGCAUCACGUCUCGAAAAUGCAAAAGAUGAUCCGCGCAGGUACAUGGGCCGAUCAUCUUGUGAAAAAACAAGCAAUGAAAGCUGAAGCGCUUAAAGCGAACCCACAUUUUCGGGGAUCAUUUCCGCAAAAAGUCUAUGAUUAUGAAGAUGAAGAAUAUUUGGGAAACGUGACAAUCGGAAGUCCAGAUCAAUCGUUUAAGGUGAUCCUCGACACAGGAUCCGCUGAUUUUUGGAUACCCGAUCGGUACUGUGACCAGGGAUUCGAUUGUGAGGGAUGCACGAAACUCAAUUGGGAUUGCGCUUUCGAGUGCCAAGAUGGGUUUUGUUGUGAGGUGCUCACAGAGAAAUGGAAGAAUACCGCUUGGCUUAACUAUACACGACAACCGUCAGUUUUUAAAACGGCUUGUGACGGGAAAGCGCGAUAUGAUCUCACAAAAUCGUCGACCUAUCAACAUAACGGGAAUGGCUUUGAUAUCUACUAUGGAACUGGAUCAGCCUAUGGAUUCUUGGGCACCGAUACGGUUCGAUUCGGAGCUGUUGGCACUGAUCAAUUGGUGGUCCCGAAAUCGACCUUCGGAAUGGCCACCCACAUUGCCGAUUUCUUUGCUGAAGACCCGAUCGAUGGAAUUCUUGGACUCGCUUGGCCGUCAAUAUCCGUUAGUGACUCGACCCCUGUUCUCAACAAUGCGAUCAGCCAAAAGCUCCUCGAUCAAAACCUUUUUUCUGUUUAUCUGGCGAUGAUUGGUUUCCAAGAUGGGGUCUAUGGCGGAGUGUACACAUAUGGAGCGAUCGAUACGGAAAACUGUGGGCCAAUCCUCGCCUAUCAGCCACUCUCAUCAGCCACCUAUUGGCAGUACAAAAUGAGUCAAGUUGAUGUCGGUUCAUACAGUCAAUCAUCCGGCCGUUUCCAAUGGGAUGUCAUCUCUGACACGGGCACUUCAUUCAUUGGAGCCCCGCAAUCGAUCAGUGACAAAAUCGGGAAACAAUUGGGCGCUACAUGGGAUAAAAAGAAUCAAGUCUAUGAGAUCGCGUGCAAUGCAACCAUUCCCGAUUUCGUCUUUACAAUUGCUGGACCUGAUGUCAAUUUUUGUUACCUGGCGCUGUUUCCUUUUGACAAUGAGGGAUUUGGUCCAGAUUGGAUUCUCGGUGAUCCUUUCAUUCGCCAGUAUUGUCACGUCUUCGACUAUCAACAGAAAAGAAUCGGUUUUUCGGCGAAUAUCGUUCAA